AUGCAUUUCGGUGUUUCGCGAGCAAAGACAGUGAGUGGCUCGGAUCCACGAGCGCAGGUGCCGAUAGUCGGGGAGGAAAAACCGUUCGACGACGAUUUCAACGAGAACCACCCGAACGCCACUCGCACGUUGUUCGUGGCGAAUCUUCCGAAAAGCGUGACGGCGAACGACGUGCGGAAACUCUGCGAUCCCUACGGAGAGAUUGUGGAUAUCGAGCUGAAGAAGCACCUGAGCUCGACGGCGUACGCCUAUGUGCAAUACACCGACGUUGCGAACGUCGUUAAGGCGAUCCGGUCGGCGGACAACAAGCAACUGGGUGCUUGUCGAGUCAAACUGGGCUUUGGAAAGACGUUGCCGACGAACUGCAUCUGGGUCAAGGGCAUUUCAAAAAACGUUUCCGAGAAGCACUUGAAGCAGCUUUUUGCUGAUUACGGGGAGCUGCGGUGUACGGUGAUCAACCGGGAUAAUGGACAGGCCCUCGUUUUCUUCGAAUCGCGAAGGAGCAGCAGCAGCAUCGGGGAACGCAUGUGGUCGAGAAAGAAGUUGAUGACGUUCGUUCGAUGCGAACGCGCUGGCAUAUUGUGCCGUAGUUGGGGGGAGGAGGACGGGGAAGCGUCUUUGGUCGUCUUCGUCGUCGUCGUCGUUGCUGCUGACGUCGACGAAGACGACCGAGUUUUUCUCUGGAGGAAGUGUUCCACCACCGCUGCUGCUGCUGCUUAUGCUUAUGCUUGUGUGCGCCUUGCGGAGGAGGGUGGGGGAUCCUUCGAGGCCCUGUGGGAAGGGAAGGAGGGAUCUCGCAUCUUUUCCGUGUCCGUCAUUCUCUCUCUCCCUCCCGACUGCGACCUGAACGGGCGAGUGCUGUGCAAGUUGAAGCUGAAGCUGGACUUCGCGUCUGACAAGUUCCAGCUGGCGUUUUUCAAGAUCCUGGAACAGUCUAGUCAGCCUAUUGAGAAUCCGCUGUGGAGGAAAAGUCACGUUCCUGGACUGAGAAAGUACGAGACGGACCGAUGGUACGGCAGCAGUCCGGUGGAAGGACGGUCCCCGGUGCGUCCCUGUCCACGGCAGUGGAACGGCGACGGAAGUGCGUCCCUGGCGUUACCCGGACCGGGCAGCAGCGUGGACGCCCGCAAUACCAAGGUCUACCCGGCAGUCAACGGCCGCCGAAAUUACUACGACGCCGCCUACGGUGUCGACAAAGCCCCGCCGCCCCGCCCUGGGAGUAUGAUGAAUGUAACGGGAGGACUUGCCGUCGAGGGCUUCGAGCACGAUUCUCGUGACGGCAUGGGCCGGAAAGCGCGGACGGACAGCAUCAACUGUCGCAGCAGUCCGAGUCCGUCGUUCGGCAGCCACACUCCUCCGCUGUCGUCCGGCUCGUCAUCGCCCGCCGUGUCGUCCUCUAGCGCGACGACUGCGGCGGCAAAGGCUGGCGGAGGAGGAGGAGGGAGCAAGACCUCACGCCGACCACCGGAUCUCAAAGCCCAGCAUCAGCAGCAACAACAACAAGCAGCAGCACAGCAACAACCGCCGCGACACAACGGGCCGCUCCCGGCAGCCACGGCACCAUCGUCGCUGCCGGGCGCCGUGUCGUACCGGCCGUCCCCGCACCGAUCUCACAAAGAAGUGGCCGCGCCGAAGCUGCAGGGCCUGCCGAACUCCGUGUUCAACAGAGUGCCGAGCGUGCACGACGUGUCGGCUGGCAGCAGUCCCGUGGCGCCGGCCUCGUCGUCUGAUUCGCGCCCAGGGACGCCACUGUGCGACGAGAUGCCGGCGGCGAUGGACCCGACGACGACGGCCGCCGACCAUCACCAGCAAACAACAACAUCAACACAACAGCCGCCGCCACGACUGGGCCGAUAUCCGCGCUCGGCCGAAAGCCCGAUCUCGUUGCCGCUGCCCAAGUUUGCGCGAACAAUGACGCCGUUGUCUGUGUCGACGUCGCCGAACUCUCCGGCGAGCAGCGUCAAGUCGCCGCCUGCCGGCUCGCUGGCCUCGUUCCUCUCACCGGGAGUUGCCAGUGACGCGCCGGUGUCCUCGUCGACGACAACAACAACGACGCCUGCGACUCCACCGCCUCCGCCCGUGUCCGCGUCAUCAUCAUCGGCGGCGUCGGACAUGGUGAGUCCGAAGCCGCCGCGAUCCCCGGGCACAUCGCUGGACGAGCAAAUUCGCCAGUUUGACGCGCGCUAUGAAAAGUGGAGCGGCGCCGCCAAGAAUUCGUCUGUCGCUGCCUCGCAACACCUGUUGAACACCGACAUCGAGGCAAUUGGGAAGAAGCCGCCGCGAAUGCUGGACAUUAAGGAGUUGCGCCCGACGCCGUCGCCGUUUGUGCAGUCGCUGCUGUCGAAGCCAUCUGUGUUUGACGUGGACUCGAAACGGCUCGAGUCGCUGGCAACGACGAUCCCGACGCCGUCGCCGUUGUCGCCAACGACGAGCACGGGCUGCGAGAAAGUUAAUGGCGCGUCAGUUUCUAGCCUAACUUCAUCAUCGUCGCAGGACGCUGUGGACAAACUACCGCCGGCGAAGACGCUGGACCGAUCGCGGUUGUUGGCGCUGGGCCGGAUAAAACCGGCCAAGGACGCCACGGCGGCACCGUGUUCCCCAGGAGCUGUGGCGCCGCCCUUGGCCACCACUGUGACACCCUGGCCAACACCGGCGGUCUGCAAAGCAUUGCCACCACAUCAGCAGCAGCAGCCGCCCCUGCCUCCGUUGUCGGCGUCGUCUUCGUCGACACCGCCGGUUUGUGCGCCGCCUGAGCCACCCAAGUAUCCACGCCCGAACCCGAGUGUAGCGAGUUGGGUGCUGAGUUUACCGACGCCGUCGGUGACUGCAGGCGUUUCUCCGCUGACCAACUACCCGAUGACGGCGGCGAUGACGGCAGCCGCGGUGCAGAACCGGACGGCGCCGAAAGAAGCUGUGAUAGCGCAAAUGGCGGCGACAAUGAGCGAAGAGGCGCCGAGCCGAGUACCUGAGACACACAGGAGCAAACACAAGCACCACAUGACACACAAGCCCGAGUCACUGCCCGUGAGUGUCAGUUCUAGUCAACCCGGCAAGAAGCCGCCGCCACCACCACCACCACAACCGCCUCCACCACCGCCGCCGCCUCCUCCGCCGCCGCCGCUGCUGUGCACUUUGCCUGCUGCCGAUCCGAAAGUGACGGAGCUUAAGACGGCGGAGCCGCUGCCGACGACGCCGAAAACUUCCAAGUCGUCCUUUGAGGUCGAGUCGUCGAAACAAUCGCUGUCGAAAGUAGUAGGGGCGGACCAACAACAGCAGCAGCAGCAAUCUGUGUUAGGAGCUCCACCGCUUCCUCCUGCUCCUUCGUCGAAAGCGGUGGAUGUGCAGAUGCCGAAGAUCAAGACCUCCUCCUCUUCUUCUUCACUGGAGGCUGAGUCGCCGGUGACGACGAAACCCGCGCUGAAAAUGAAAGCCUUCGAAGUGGAACCGUUAACUUCAGCUGCGCCAGCCAAAAUAAAGCCUUUUGAAGUGGAACCUCUGACUUCAGCUGCGCCGGUUAAAAUCAAGCCAUUCGAAGUGGAACCGAUGGUGCCUAAAAUGAAGCCGUUCGAAGUGGAGACGACGACGUCAAAGUUGAAGUCCUUCGAGUCAGCAGACCCGUCGCCGUCGCCCAAGAUCAUCAAGUCCUUCGGAGACGUGAGUGAGUCACUGACAUCGACACAGAAAACAGAGACGGCGUCGCCACCAGUGACGGCGGGUGUCAAGCGACGCGUGUCGAUCCACGAGGCGUCCGAGUUUAAGCCGCGGCCGAGUUCCGGUUUGCCUGAGGCUAAGAAACCCAAGCUGGACUCGUGCGCGUCCCUGGACUCCACCAACACGGAGUCGUCGCAAAGUCGCGACGAGCGCAAAAAGAACAAGCACAAAAAGCUCCACAAGAAGCAGCACGACAACGACAACGGUUCGCCGGACGCAAUGGAGAACGGGGUGGAGAAGCAUCAUCAUCACCACCACCACAAGUCCAAAGACUCGUCCAAAUCCAAGAAGAAGACCGACAAGGAUCGUGAGCGAAGAAAGUCCAGUUUCAACGGACCGGACGCACCGCCGAAAAAGACGCCGGCGGAAAAGUUGGCGAAGCGACGCGAGAAAGAGGAACGACGGCGGAAGAAGAGGGCGUCCGAAUCCGACAAUGACGGCUCUCGGCGAUCCAGCAAAUCCGGAAUGAAAAGCAAGAAAAAGUCGAAAAGUAAGAAGUCUGGCUCUGAUCAUUCAUCUGACGAGGACUACGAGCCCAGCUUGAACAAGUCCAAGAAGCCGCACUCUAUUUUCGACAUCGUGACAGACGAAACUGAACCUGUGUACUUUUCCAUGUAUGACAAGGUGAAGGCUCGAUCAUGCAAAAACAAACAGAAGCAAGAGGAUCCGGUCUCGUCACCUGUCUCGCAACCCAAAGACAAGUUCAGCGCCUUGAAGCAAUCUCGAUUGAACAAGAAGCAGCAACAGGCGCAGCGUCAGCACAGCAGCAUGGCCUUUGUGACCGACGACUCGGACUCGGAUUCUGACAUAAAUCCCAGCUGUGGUGGAAACUCGUCAGCAGGUGGCGGAUCAUCCGUCGGCCUCGGCAUCAAAAAGAAGCCAGCCAAGAUGCUGCUGGACACGUCUUCGGACGACGACGACGACAUCCGACCCCCGGCCACGCUUCCACCGCGUCGCCUGACGAUCGUGUCUACAGCUGACGAGCAGGAAACCGACAGUGAGGAAGAAGGUUUGCCGAAGAAGAAGCCGACGCCCAAGACGAAAGCGGAGCCGAGCAAGAAGUCGUCGGUGAAAUCAGGGAAGUUGAGCAAGGAGAAGAAGAUGAAACGAAUGCGGUUGUCGUCGGGUGAGGCUUCGGACGUUGGAUCGACGGGUUCGGCGUCCAUGUCUUUGAAGCGCCUCAAGAAGAAGAGGAAACUCGAGAAGAAAAGCACAGCCGAGGUCUUCUCUGCCAACGACAGCGACGACUCAGACGACGGCCCGCAGAAGCCUCAGCUGACGCGGAUAGCGAAGUUGGUGUCUGACUCGUCGGACUCGGAAGACAACGCGUUGGUGCAAGCCCCGACCGUGUCUUCCUCCUCUUCCUCGCUCCUCAAGAUGAUGAAGAAGAAGAAGCGUCGCAGUGAAAGCAGAACGUCGUCGUCAGCCAUCAAGUCUUACGAACACCAUCACCACAAGCCUCGUGAAGAGAAGCGACGACGUUCGUCCGGUUCCGGGGGAUCGAAGAAAGAACGCCACAAAUCCGGUUCCGGGCUGACGAAGGAGGAUAUUCGCAAGAAGAGUCGAAAGGGUUCAGCGCUCGAGGAGAUCUUUGGUCCCAUGUCGGACGAUUCCAAUAUUGGGAUCCCGCCGCAGAUGAACUCCCUGCCGACGACGAAUGACAUCGAGCCGAAGAAGUCCCCGGGGAUUUCGUUCCAGUCGGAAUUGAAAGACAUUGAGAACCACUUGCCGAAGGACGGCUGCAGGAUUGGCUCGAAACUCGUGGCCAGCGACACGACGGCCUUCGGGCUGCUCAAAAUUGACGAGGAUAAGAAGAAGCUGAUCUUGGAGGCCGAGGUGAAGGAGGAGAAGCCCGGCGAAGAGAACAAGAACCGGUCGAGCUUUUCCGAAGUGUCUAUUCCUUCGACGCCCGUUUCUGGUGCCUUGAAGCUGAGUGAGAAACUGGCGCGGAAGGAGAAGAAGAAAAAGAAGAAGAGUAAAGACAGUAAGGAGAGGAGACGACACAAGAGUGAGCGUGAACACGGAAGACACGAAAAACACUCCAACAGAAGAUCUGCGGAUCGCGGUGCGGUGCCAACGUUAUCCCUGGAUUCCACGAGUCUUAGCCCUCGAGAGUGGACGUCGUCGACGCUCAUGAAGAUGUCGUCGACAGACUCGAGCGUGUUUGCGGAAACGCCGACGCGCAAGUCCGCCGACCGCACUGUUCCGCGUGCCUCGAUCUCUCCUCGCGCGUCUACGACGACUACAACGACGACAGCAAGCUUGACCCACACCUCCCUGGACGAAAAGAACUACGAUGACGACGCGGACAGUCCGGAAAAGUAUUUGAAGAGUCUUGAAGAAGAGGAGGAGAAACGGACCAGUGGGACUUGUUUGGUACCAGAAUGCACACCAGUGAUGAUUAAGACAGAACCGGCGUUUUUCGCCGACCGCGACAGUGUUGACAUCGACGCCGAAAUUGACGAGGAAGACGAAGACUUGCCGCCGCUGCAUAUCGAAGAAGCCCGAAGUGACGAAGAAGAAGAACAACAGGAACCGCAGGUCGAGGAACGAGAAGAGGAAGAACCAACGUUGACGGCGAUAGUGGUGGUGGAACCCUCUCCGCCACCGCCGCCCCCACCCCCACCCGUAAAGGCGGAACCCCCGCAAAUCAAGUGCGAACCUACUGAAGUGCAGGUGGAGAAAAUCAAGGUGGAGGUGAUUGAGGAACACGAGGAGCCCGUGAAGGAACGGCCGCUGAGUUCAACUGGGAUGCGGCCAGAACCCAAAAGUCGGGCUGUGAUUUCCCAAGAAGAAACCGACGACGCAGUAGCGACCAUCUUGGGCGAAACCUUUUCUCCGUUUGUUCCUGUGGAACCGACAGCAGUGGUGGUGAAAUCUCCGCCCAAGCCGGACGAAGUGGACGAAGAAGCCCUGAAGGCUGUGGCGAGUCUGGAACCCGUGCCGAAAUUGGUUGUUGUCAGCGCCGCCGUCGAAUCAGUCGUCAAGUCUGGUGUGGUCGUCGAUGCUGAAGUGGAACCUGUGAUUGUCGCCGCGGUGACGGAAAGCCACCCCGUUGUUGUCGUCGAUGAUGUGGAAACGAAACCGUCGGUGGUCAUGUUCAGCCCGCUGCCAGAAUCGUUGGAAGAAUCGUUCCAUUUCCCGCCUUCGCACAGCAUCGACUUGAAACCAGUCGAGAAACCCGAGUCCUUGAAGAAGCCCGAUGAAGCACCCGUCGUGGAAACAGUUUUGAAGUCGUCGGACUUGAUCGUGGAAACCCUGCCCGAAGUUUCUUCGGAAGGAAAGAUGUUGCCGGACGCUUUGUCUGCCAUUGAGGCGGAACUGUCACCGCCGCCGAGUCCCGGCGAUGAGCCGCAGUUGACGAUCGACGAAUGCGCCGUUGCGGUGGCGGCCAUCUCGAGUGAAUGCAAGACGAGCGACACCAUGGAAGACCUCAACGACGUACCAGCGAAGCUCGAGGUGGAACAGCCGGCAUUCAGUCCGUUGCCUGCGGAGAAAUCCUCCGACAUUGAGGACGCCUUGCAUCGUGAAGAACCAGAGAAGACCCCAAUUAAAGCGGCGCCUAAGGGCCGCAGUCGGGGCGGUCGUCGAGGAGCCAAUGCUGUGUCACCAGCGAGGAGCGAUGAGCCUUGUCUUGCUGGUGUGCUUGAAGAGGAGAUUUUGAGGAAGACGAGUCACAGUGAAUCGGAAGUGGACGAGUCCCCGAGACGAGGACGUGGGCGCAAUGCACGGGGCAGCUCCCGACGAAAAGGCACUCCGGAAAAGAUUUCUUUGCGAAUGGAGUCGCCGCCGCCGUCGCCUCAGCCACACCUUAUCCAGCCCGUGCCGCAACCUGUGCCAGAAGAACCAGAGUCGAACAAGCGAAGGACGCGGCGGUCUGCUGCUGCCAACAGCGCCGCGGCGGCGCUGCCGCCUACUCCAGUGAAACCCGCGGCUAUUGUGAUCGUUCCAGUGACUACUACGCCCUCUGUUCCUCUUCCGCUGCCACCUGUCCCUGCUGCAACAUUACCAACGCCUGCAGUGUUUGGGAAAACCAGUCCGGAAACCAGAUCGUCGUACGACGUUUUUGAGUUCCGCGAUGAGGAGGACGAAAAGUCGGUUAAAGAAAAGGCUGGUUCUUCGCCAGCCGCCCAAACGACGCCCGUCGCUGUUUUACCGGCUGCCGAAGCCAAGAUCUCGGAAGUCAAGACAGAAACGGAGAAGCCCGAAGUGGAGAAAGUUGUCACGCAGCCGUCGCCUUCGGAUACGAGGAAGUCGCGGCGGUUGAUCGAGAAGGAAGGCAAGAACUCCGUCGAUGAGAUCAUUGAGGAAGUCGUGAAGGGCAAUUACGUGGAGCCGGAGCAACCGGCGACGAUGUUGACGUCGCCGCGAGUUGUGGAGCCCUUGCCACCGGUAGUGGUGGCAGUAGGUGCUCAGGUGGUCGUACCGGCACCAACAACAUCGGCACCCGUCAUUGUUACAGAGCCUGAGAGGGUCGUGGUGCUCGUCGGUGGUCCGAAAAUGGAGAUCAAGCAAGACCUACCGAAUGACAACGAGAUCUUGAUCAAGACGGAUCUGGAGAGCUUGGCGGAACCGGAAGACCUUCGUCCGCCGAAACAGGAGAUUAAGCCUGUGGUUAUUCCGAAGUCCCUGGAAGUGUCGGAAACGCUCAUUGAUCCGGAGACGGGUGUCAUGAUGGAAAUGAAAGUCAAAGAAGGCAGCUACAUUCCGCUUGCUGACAAACAGGAGAAACCUGCGCCGCAGGUCGUUGUUGGAACACCGGUACCUGGUGGCAUCGUCACGCCGGGACCGUCUCUGACCAUAACUCCGAUUCCCGGACCACCCAUGCCUCAGCGAACAACACCACCUGCGUCGACGGCCGUGUCGAAAUUGCCGCCCACAGCCGGCGGCAACGUGACGAUCUACCGAGUGACAAACAACGGGAACACGAGCAGCAUCGGGACUCCGAGUAGGACUCAGGUAUCUGUGGCGCCACCCGUGGCGGCAACUGUGACAAUGACGAGCAUUCGGGCCCCGCAAGUGACGCAGCCGCCCGUUGGCAUGGUUCGCGUAGCGCCGCCUGUGAAUGUCGUCAAGCAGCAGCAACAACCGUAUCAGCCUAUGCCGCAAAUGGUGCUGGCGUCGCCGAGAGGCGCCUAUUUGCCUCCUCGAUCCCGGUUACCUCUGUCAGCUGAUGCCGUCGCAAGAACCACGAGGCCGUUGAAUCCUGUGCACGUUGACAGCAAAGUGGCACCCAGAGCAGUCCACCCAAGCAUGGUCAUCACGAGUCAGCCCGGGGCACCUUUGCCUCAUGGAGGAUGGAUACCUGUGCCUUCAACUGUAGCCAUGACCAGCACUGGAGCACACAUAGUGUACGGACAGCACGGAAAGCCGAUGUCGUCGCCGUCGGGUGUGCCUGCACAUCCGAUGGCAGCUCAGAUUCGUCCUGUGAUGAUGCAGCAAGUGUCAUAUAUGCAUCGGCCGCCGACGGGCUACCCGGGCAGUGUGACUGGACAACCGCCGACGACGGUCGGAGCGCGAUUAACGGCGUCCGGUGGCCCGUUCCAACCCGUGACGAUGGUGGCGUCCAUGGGCACGCAGGCGUCGCCGCUCGUGCGGACCCAGGUUCCGACGCAUCACAUGCACCAUCCGAUGCAGCACUCGCCGCCCGUGUCGCUCACGUCGACCGGAGUGAACACCGCAGUGCGAAUGCCACCAGAAUUGGAUCGACGAGACGCCAUGAUGAGAAUACCGGCGACGGACGUGCGAGGGGCAGUGAUCACAACAAAGCUCGGGCCCGAGUCGCCGCACAACCUGCCGCCGGCGCACUCGGCCAACCAUCCGCGAUCCGCCGUCAUCCAAACAUCACCGUCGGCAGUGGCCCCGCAAUCGGCGCCGCUCGACCUCCACCUCAGCGCCCCGUCCGUGUCGACGCCGCCGUCAUCGGGGACCUCGUCGGCUGUUGUCGGUGGUGCUCGGCAGCAGCCGCUCUUGCGGCAAAUGCCGUACAUGGGGCCAGCCCCGGAGGCGCACAGGGCUUCGUCUUUCGUGACCCGAGUGCCGAAGCGGUCGCCGGAUGACCUGGACCCAUCGAGCAACGGUAGCGGCGUGUCCACGCUGUCGUCGCCGGAGCCGUCGUCGCUGAGAAUGACGCCGGAUGCUGUGCCGCUGGCCCACCAGGCGGCGAGUCACCUGGCCCGUCUGCCCGACCCGACUGUCUCCGCCCAUGAAUACCGGUGUAGACUGAGUCGUGGCUGGUGCAUGAAUGGACGUCGUUUGUGCCACGAGCACUGUUGCAUGACGGUGUGUCCGGCGUCCGCGUGCAUGCCGAGGGGACAGCUCGCGGCCCAGGAUCUGCACAGAGUCGGGGUUCCGUAUCCACCCGGUGCUGCUGGACCUGACAUGAGCAGAUUUUUGCCGUAUCCGAGCCAGGCAUCGUUGGACCCGAUGCACCAGCGAGUUGCUCGAUUGCCGCAGUUUUCUGUUCCCCCCGGAGUGCGCCGAAUGGAAGGUUCAGUGGAGCCCGGAGUGCACGGGAUCCACGCGGCGUCCCAGUUGCGACAAGCAGAGUCGCCGGUGUACGACAGACGCCAGCCGCCGCUUCCUGCGCACGUGGGCGCCGCGGUUGUGCGGCCGCCGUCUCACCCGGGCCUACCGCUUCCCGCAGCGUCGCCCCGUUACCCGAUCAUGUGGCAAGGAAUGCUGGCGUUGAAGAACGACCAGGCGGCUGUGCAGAUCCACUUCGUGUCGGGCGACUUGGAGGUGGCGCGGAAGGCGCUGCCGGUCCACGAAGGCGCCGCUUCCUACCUGCGCAUCUCGCAGAGGAUGAGGAUGGAGCCUGCCCAGCUCGACGGCGUCUCGCGGAAGAUGCAGCGUUACCCGAUCAUGUGGCAAGGAAUGCUGGCGUUGAAGAACGACCAGGCGGCUGUGCAGAUCCACUUCGUGUCGGGCGACUUGGAGGUGGCGCGGAAGGCGCUGCCGGUCCACGAAGGCGCCGCUUCCUACCUGCGCAUCUCGCAGAGGAUGAGGAUGGAGCCUGCCCAGCUCGACGGCGUCUCGCGGAAGAUGCAGGUGCCCAACGAGCACUGUGUUCUCCUGGCGUUGCCGUGCGGACGGGAUCACACCGACGUCUUGUACCAGUCCAAGAAUCUGCGAGACGGGUUCAUCACCUACUUGUCUCUCAAACAGGCGGCUGGGAUCGUCAACGUCGGCUCGCCUUCGCAAAAUACCGCGUACGUGGUGCACAUCUUCCCACGAAGCGACUUCUCGAACGUGAAUUUAGCCAAGAUUGCGCCGGACUUACUGUCGAGCGUGGCGGACAUUGCGCACCUGCUAAUCGUCAUCGCAACGGUGUGAAGAAAAAGAAGAACUCUUUUUACGGAAGCUGGUUACCUCGCAAUUUUUGAAAGAGAGAGAGAGAAAGGAAUGCGCUGAGCCUUAAAAUGUCCCGCAUUGUUGCGACCUUUUAUGUAAAACGCGGAUCGCGGCACGUUUUUUUUUUCCCUGGCCGCGACCGAGUUUAUUUUGCACUCGUGUUUUUCGCCCCGUUUUUUCUCCCCUUUUUCUCUCUCCUCCGUGUCCCACGUUGUUGUUCGUUGUUGAACUUGUUUUUUUUGUCGGCCGGGAAUUGACCUCUUUUUUUUUAUGGCUGGGAUGAAAAAGAAAACAAUGGACGGUGUUUUUUUUGGGGGGGAGGUGGGGGAAGGAAGAAAAAAAGAGGCUUGCGUCGCUUCCCGAGCGUUUCAGCGCGUCGUUUCCGGUAACGUUAUUCGAGGGAGGACGCGUGUUCUGCGGAGUGAGCUGGAUCUCGCGGUUCCUGAUCGGGUUUUUCUAGGUUUUGCGUCAUUCCGUUGGUUGGGGGCCCGGGUGCUUUGUGUCGGUGACGAGGCCCGGGCUCGACGGCGGAUUGCCCCCCCACGAUGUACCCCUGCUCUGCUCUGCUCCCCCCGCGCUUGGGCUUGUGUCGGCGUCGUGGCUUUCUUCUGCUUCGCUCGCUAUUAUUUUUUUUUAACUUUUUUUUCUCUUACACUUCGCGUUUUUUUUAAUUUACUGUUUGUCGCCCCCGGGAAAGUAGUUAAUGCUUUUUUGCUCAAUUCGUUGGAAUUUUCGGCGGGCGAGAGGGGGAGUGAGUUGUGUAGAAUUUUCUGCGGUCUACGAGGGUUUUCAGUCGAGAGGUUAAUUGGGCCCAGAAGUGGAUUGGGUUCAAGUGUUUUUUCGAUUUUAUUUUGACUAGAAAAAAAUGAAUUGCUGUUGAUGGAAGAAAGUGGGUUUUUUUCUGCGUUCCCGAUUGGCUUUUUUUUUGUUUCGUGUCUCUUUUUUUGGUCAAAGUCCAUUUUUUGGGAAUUUUUGGAGAUGGAAAGAAUCGACUGGAACCAAUUUUUUGUUGUGCUCCAACUGUGAUCUGUACAUCUGGUAAUUGAUUAUUAAUUAUGAUGGCUGUUGUUCUCACUAUCAUGUGAGGUAGUUUAUUGAAAGAAAAAACGUGAAAAUAAAAACCUCCCUCCCUGGACGUCUCCCUUUUCCCCUGGAGAUUUCUGAGCGGGGCGGAGAAAAAAAUUGAGAAAAGUUGAAAAAAAAGAAA